AUGGAUAGUUCAUUUGGCCCAGACUUACGAAAGUUUGACGGGAUAUCCAAUUUCGUGAUGAAUAGUGUUGGUGUGCAGUUCACUGCUGGUAGUGAUAAGUUCAUCCGCCAGACAUCUCAUGUCCGAGUCAUAAAUAGUAGACUUUAUGAGGAUGGUGCUGGAAAUUGGACACCGGCCAAAUGUGGGCCGCUUGAUGGGCGUUUGGUGAGUAGUACACGACUUUACAAUUGCUCUGGCCUGUUAUUGAGCGAAAAUCAGCGAUCUGACUUUCUCAGACAGGUGGCUAAUCCUAGCUUGGGUUAUCUGCAACGAAAGGCUCUUCACAAAUGCAUCACUUCUACAUGUAAGAAGACGAAUUGCUGUCCCAAGUGUGGGCAUAGGAAUGGUAUG